GCCAUUUGCUUUUCAAAUCCUGUACGUUACUAGGACCCUUUUUCUCCUAUAUAAACAUCGUGUGCGAAUUAAUCUCCGUCACAUUGCAGUGCGGGACAAUAUAAGAAGCUGAACAAACUACUUGUUUAUUUAAGUUUUAAUUUUGAUACACACUUGAAAUCUGAAGAAAUGGCAGAGUACGGAGACCAAUACGGGAACCCAACGCGACAGACUGAUGAAUAUGGCAACCCUGUUGGCCACACUGGGGGUCCUAAAUCGGGCCAACAAGGAACUGGUUAUGGAACCACUGGAGUUUAUGGAACUCAUGGUGGUGGAAUUGCCCCGGGCAAAGUUGAUGCUGGCCGAGCUGGGGAGCAACAUGGACAGGGCCAGCUCCGCCGAUCUGGCAGCUCCAGCAGCUCGUCAUCAGAGGAUGAUGGGAUGGGAGGGAGAAGGAAGAAGGGUUUGAAAGAUAAGAUUAAGGAGAAGUUGCCUGGCGGUCAAAAGGACGAGCAGACUUACGGUACUCAAACCACUACUCAGGGUGGAGGCGGCUACGGAUAUGGUGAAGGGCAACAGCAUGAGAAGAAGGGAAUGAUGGAAAAGAUCAAGGAGAAGCUGCCUGGUGGCCGCUAGAGGGUAUAAUUGUGUGCGCACGCGCGCCGAGUAACGUUUCAUGCUAUGUUUAAUUUAGUUUCUGUAAUAAAACAUGCCUUAAUUUUACGAAUGGGUAUGUUCAUGUGUGUCUGUGUCUAUAUGUAAAUUGUAACGUAAUCUUAAUCUACUGUUAUGAGCAGUAGACAGUUUGUGGUCUGUUGAAUACUAAACGUGAGGCUUGUUUUUGAUGCU